AUGGUGUACAAUUCGUUGACUGACGUUCCCAGUAACCUCAGGGAGGGUAUUGACUGGUUGAUGGCCCUGAAGGGAACGGAUGCUGAAAAGAACUUGGGUGCUAUGGGUGACGCGAUUUACCGUCUGUUUGACGGCGAUACUGUUGGUUCGAAAGUCGUGGCAACUCUAAAGAAAAUAAAACGCACAUCUAAGAAAUUCUUGAAGGGGCAGGGUUUUAAGGACCAGUGGUUUGUAAAAGAGCUGCUGCAACGCCUAGACCGGCCUUUGAAUAAAAGGCCCGUCGUAUUGGCUGAGACCUUAGCAUUUGUCGAAGAAAGUGAUUAUGAGAAUGUCGUAGAGGCCAGAGGUGUCAGGCCUGAAAACAUCGCCAAGUGCUUAGGUAAAGUUGUGGAUAGUUGUGAGAAGUUCGUGGAUGGUAUCAAAACCUCUGGCCGGUAUGGAUCUUCCUACAGUUCGAAGGCGACGUGGGAUGCAUCAUGCGCGAAGGACCCAGAAGCUUGCGCGGUGGUCCUCGUGGGGAUUGCGCCAAUGUUGUACGCGGGUUUAAGUUCAUUGCAGAUUGCGAGCGAGAUUGCAGUUCGUAAAGGAUCGAAUUCUGUGGCUGAGAAGCGUCUCGGAGAUAUAUUGAAGGCCGUAGGUUACGACAAACUCAAACUAAACUCUAGCGUGAGUAUUUCCGAUAUACUCAAGGCGAUGGAAGCCGUGGAUGUACACAUAUUGACUACACUCUACGACCUCGCCGGAUUUUGGGCCUUAUAUGACACUAAUGUCGUAGGCAAUCUGGAAGUUGAACAAUCUACAGGUGUUGCACAAUCCGGGGGACCUGAAGGAACCGUGGAACCCGAAGGACUCGGAGAACGUGAAAGACCGGAAAAACGUGAGAAAGGAUUUGAAGAUGAAGGAGUUGAAAUUGAAGGAGGUGAAGAACCUAAAGAUUCUGCAGGACCUGAAGGAGUCGCAAAAUCUGUAGCAGCUGAAGGUGUAGACGCUGCAGAAGGUAAAGGCGGUGAAGCAGCUGAACAACCUGCAGGAGUUGAAGAACCUGUGAUAGCUGAAGAACCUGUAAAAGCGGUAAAAGCAGCAAAAACUGUAAAAGCUGCGAAAAAGGCUGCAAAAAAGCUUGCCAAAAAGGCUCGACAAAAAAAGAAUCCGAUCCCGGAUCCCCAGUGA